CAGGCUCUUCUUCGAGUGUGACGGCGCCUUGCACGGGGUCAGCUCUGCGAUGGUGGUGCCCCGCUCUGCGAUGCCUGCGACACCGAGCGCGCCGCCCUCUGCUGCCAAAUCGGCGCCCACCGGGCCAUGCUCUGCGCCGGCCGCCGUGCGCUGCCGGACCGCGGCGGUGGAGCCUCCCCCGUGGAUGCUUACACCAGCGGCUACGCGCCCGCCGAGAUCGUCCGCAUCUUCUCCGUCGACGCGUCGUCGUCGCAUGAGGACUUCGACGCCUGGCUCGCCGACAACCUCCCCCAAAUCCUACACGAGGUUCAGGUCGCGAGCACAUGUGAAUCGUUGUCGUCAAGAGCAUGCUUGUGACAUCAUUACUAUACGUGAUGCAGCGCAAAAGGAUGUUGUCAGGAGGUACAAACACAUUUAGUCAUUUCCUAUUAUUUUCCUUUCCCGUUUUUGCCGUCAUAUACAAAGUAUCUCCCACUGUAACGCACAUCCAAAUUUGUAUUAUUGAAAGUUUUAAUCAUCCUUGCUGCAGUUAAGUGUUCAACGCAAUCUCUAGCCAAGUUUCCUUUGUUGUUGUGUUGAAUUUUGGGGAAAGGCGGCGAAGCAGCUCGUGGCAUCUGUGUCGCGCCUGCUCCGCCACUGCCUUGACUCGCCGACGACAUCGCCCGUUGGGCUGCAGGGGUGCAAGACGACCGUGGGGCCCAUUGCAUGGGUGCUGAGUAUGCUUGAUUUGAGACGAAGGCCCUAGAGCUUGGUGGCUUGUGUGUGAUGUUUUUUUCCUCCUGUUGCAACACAUCGAUUGAUUUAUUCAUGCAUCCAUUGAUUUACUCUGAAUUUUUUUCAGUCAUCAAAUAUUAACUGGAUUGACUCGUGGAUAUGCAGUGUGACAAGUCGUGUGAGAUGAAGGCGGUGAACCAUCUCAAUAUGAAGCCAAGUAUGUGGUGGAUUUGCCAUGGAUGAUGGUAGACCGGUAAGGUUUAAAGUUUGAGUUAUCAAAUUUUGUGUCACCGAGCUCCUGGACGGUCAAACCUAUAAAGUUCAGUUAAGAUUUAGACUACAUAUGGAUUUCUGUUUGUUGCCGACAAUGCUCUAAUCACGCUAACUAUGUGCAUGGAGUGUACUAGAGAUGAUGCAAAAAUUGCUUGCAGAUAGGCGGCUGGGUGCAUGAAUAAUUGUCAAGGUGACCGAAGCUAGCGCUAUUUUUGUUGGACUGAAGGAAUUGUAUAAGGUAUUUCGAGGCUCCCUGAUGGUGGAGAUCGACUACGCAGUGGGGAAAGGAGCUAGGGGUUGAUUUUGUAAGCAGAUCAUUGUCCGACCCAAUUAUUGUUGAUAUUAAAUCCGCCGAAGCUCCCGGAGACCUUAUGGUUGCGGAUGGUGUCGUGGACCAAUUACAUGCUCCGCUCUGGAAGGAAAACGAUGCAGCCUUGACGUCGGCCUAAGUCUUGAUGUAAUCCUCAAAAGAGAUAUUGCUUGCAGAUUGGUUAUAUAGAAACAUGCAUGUUGUAGGUCUGUUAAUUUUAGUUUUGGAAUAUUAAGAUCUGUUCAGAUGAUUUCCUUACUCUUA